AUGUGCCCGAAACACUCAGACUAUCAGAGCGUGAGAGCAAAUACCCCGCUCUCGAGGCCUCCCUCGCCGAGCAGUCUUUCCUCGCUCGAUACUCAAGCACUUCUCGACCUUAGUCUCGCCGUCGAGGAGGAUCUCCAGGACACUAGUCUUGUCCAGACCCAACCUUUAAAGCAGGUUGUCCAAACUCAGUCACCGGUCCCCAAGGAGUCCAAGGACCGUCGAAGCGUUGACACGAUCUUUGCUUUACGCUGGUAUUACAAUCACGGUCCUAAUCGCAGGUCACAAGGAGCUUUUCUUCCCGAGCUUCCGGCAACUUCCCCUUUGGAACAGCAUGUGUCAUAUCCCCUACUAAUACCACCGCCGCAGCCACUGGAGGCAUCACUUUCGCCGCCUACACCACCACCGGAACAGCACAUCUCUAUAUCAGCUGCUUUCGAGCCUCAAAUCGCCGAACUACCUGGCUCUGUGCCACCCACGGCUGUCUUAUGUGCCCCUAAGUCACCUGCUUCAGACCUUCCAGAACGGCAACCUUCAGGACAGACUUCUCUUUCUGAUCUUCAGUCGCCUAGGCACAUGGGAUCACCCAGGACAAGCCCCAAGGUUGAGGGCGUGGCAAAGUUCGAGGAGAUCCAGGGGCAAGAGGAGCAGCACCAGAGUCAAUCAACUCCCCAGCACAAGGAGCAGACUCAGACUCAGGGUAAGGCCAACAAGACUCAAGCGCUGCCCCCCGACAAGGCAGCGGGCGCGUCUUUCUCUGCUGCCGCGACAUUCACGACACUCAACCGCAAGCAGCCCCUAGCACCCAUCAAAGUGGUGCCUAGCACUUCCCGUUCUUCGUCUCAAACUCGCCCUUCUUCAUCCACUCAAUCCAACCAGGUCGGCGCCAACACCACCAAGGCAGCACGCACGUUACCACCCGUAAUUUUGUCCCCAUACCCUAUGAGCGCUCCCCUCCCCACGAUUAUACCCCUCGCUUCCCCUAACCAAACCACCACUGCGCCCGGCCCAGAGCCAAGCCCCAGGCAUGAUAUUUCCUUAGAUCUCAGCUCCGGCCUAGUGGUAGUCAGCCUCGGCCUUGGACUCGGCCUAGACCUAGGGCAAGUCACCUCCGCCCUGGCCCCCUCCACAGUCCCUUCCUCAGCUCCCGCUACCCGCUCCCAGUUCCCUCUCAAUCCCUGCCCUAAUCUCACAUCAUCAAAUCCCCCUAGAACCCCGCAAUCAACCCCCGGCCCAAACCCCAACUUCGCCCCCCUCACGCCCUCCGCAGCCGCGGCGGCUGGGAUUAACCUCAACUUUGCGCCGCCGCCGAAAAUUUCAGCAGGCCCUUCAGGAACGGGUCUUGAGAGAGGGGGGUUGGUUGAGUGGACGAGGAGACGGUAUGGGUCGUUUCCGGGGAAGUGGUGGGGGACUGGGAGCGGAGGGAGGAGGUCGCUUACGUUAUUGUCUUUUGGGGGGUGA